GUGUCAGUGUUAGGGAGGAGGAUACCCUUAGUGGACCCCUCAGCAUCAGCCUGACACUGGUGCCGUGCUCCCUCCUCUCUUUGACUGCCUCUGUCUUUCCCUCCUCUCUGUUUUCCUCCCAGAUGCUGGCCAGGCUCAUCUCCUCGGCGUCUGGCUCUACACCUGGCCUCCAUGAGUUUAAUUGAGGACAAGCCAUUCCUCCCUGGAAGAUGGGAAAUGCUUCAGACACAGCCUCUUUGUUUACCUCGAGCAUCUCUAAGGAGCAUGACAUUCUCAUGGGUACCGUCUACAGCUUGUUUUGUAUACUGUCCCUAAUAGGCAACUGCCUACUACUGCUUGUGGCUCAUCACAAGAGAUCAACUUUGAAACCAGCAGAGUUCUUCAUCAUCAACCUCUCCAUCAGCGACCUCGGGAUGACGCUCUCCUUAUUUCCGCUGGCAAUACCGUCAGCCUUUUUGCACAGAUGGCUUUUUGGAGAAAUUACUUGCCAGCUUUAUGCAAUGUGUGGAGUGCUGUUUGGUCUCUGCAGUCUGACAAACCUCACAGCCCUCUCCUCUGUGUGUUGCCUUAAAGUCUGCUUUCCUACCUAUGGGAACAAGUUCUCCCCCUCACACGCCCGCCUCCUGGUGGCAGGAGUGUGGUGCUACGCAUCUGUGUUUGCCGUGGGGCCCCUGGCACAGUGGGGGCAUUACGCCGCUGAACCUUAUGGCACGGCCUGCUGCAUUGACUGGCACGCACCCAACCAGGAGUUUUUAGCGUUGACAUACAUAGUCUGCCUUUUUGUCUUUUGCUAUGCACUGCCCUGCGCCAUCAUCUUCCUCUCCUACAGCUUCAUUCUGCUGACCGUGCGCGGGUCACGUCAGGCCGUUCAGCAGCAUGUGUCACCACAGGCCAAGACCACCAAUGCACAUGCCCUCAUUGUGAAGCUGUCCAUAGCAGUGUGCAUAGGUUUCCUUGGAGCCUGGACCCCCUAUGCUAUCACAGCGAUGUGGGCUGCUUUUGGAGACGCAAGAAAUGUCCCUCCGGCUGCUUUCGCCCUGGCAGCAGUGUUUGCCAAGUCUUCCACCAUCUACAAUCCUAUGGUCUAUCUGCUGUGCAAGCCUAACUUCCGGGAGUGUUUGUGUGGAGACACGUCUAAACUGCGGAAGAUGGUCUACAGGAGUAGUUCACAGCCUCAAGAACGUUUUAGCUUUUCUCCACAGCACAACAAGGACACGAGUGCCUCCACAAGAUUUUCAAAUGGACAACAAGAGAGUUAUGGGGCCUGUUUGAACUGUACAGAAAAUGCAGCACUGUGUCAUGUGACCGCUCCACAAAUGACCGCCUGCAUCCUGACAGGAUCCACCUACACAGAGGUGACAGUUGGCCAGCUUUCAAUCAAACCGCAAAGCAGUUUGAUCUAAAAUAAAAGUGACUCGUCGGUUCCACAAAGCGGUCAACUCUGAGUGGAAACAUUCUCAAACACGAGAAAAGAUAAGCUCUGACCUGUGUUUCUCUGAAUCCCAUUGCAGCUCCACAGGUGCACAGCGGGCUUUUAGACUCCAAAGACUAAAGGGACAAAUCUACACUCGUCUAAGUCAGUCUGAAAAGAAUUCUCACAAACAUUUGUAUUUUACUAGAACUGUUAACUUCCCACUGCCUGUAAGAUUGCUGGCAGUUUUUAUUCUAACAAACACACAUUAAGCAUGUUUUCAAAAGUGUAAAAAACUAAAACUCUGUUCCUCUUGUCAAAUCAGGGACAUGCUGUCUGUUCUGCAGUAAGUUAAAACAAAGAGACACGGAAUAUUAUACGAUAAGAAGCGAUAUUGUGCAGUCUCUCAACCUAAACCACCACUAUCAGUUGACUUGGACUCCUUUGUGAGCGUUCAUCCUCAUCGUUUUUAGGACCUAUUUAAAAACAAGCAUAAAAUAAAGCUAAAAUCUGCCUUUUUUGGGUAACACUAAUCAAAGGGAAGGAUAAUUGUCCAUUCAACCCUUUUGUGAGGUAAUGUUCUGACUGCUCGUUUUGGAUUGAGCCAGUAUGAUUCAGCCAAUCUGGAUCAAUUUCUCACUAGUUUUCAUUAGUUAAAAGGUCAGAGCUACCAGCCUGUAGCU